CAGGGUUGGAUGGAGGAACGUCACCAUUCAACACUUGCCUCUCCAGCUCUGCAAUUGAGGAGCAGUAGGAGACGGUUGAUGUUCGCUGUUCCCUAUGGCUUAAGGGGAUUCUCCCGGUUCCAAGGAGCACAGUCAGCACAGGAGAGUCAACAGGGCGCCGGUGAUGUGUUCAUAUUGGGUAAUAUGAACGAGAACUUGGAAUUUCAGAGUUCCUCCUCGAAUCGGCUAUCUGAUGAUACCAGUCGACCAAUAGACUUUCAAAGCACGGUCGGUGAUGCUGGACAAUUCACUGGGUCUUUCCCAGGAACAACGCAGCAGUCCAACGCUGCUCAAUUCUCUGGUCCUUUCGCAGGAUCAGUGCCUCAGUCCAAUCUCUUUGGUGCACAAAGACCAUUCUUUCAGAGACAAACUGGUCUAGAGUCCCAGAGUGGGAAUUUCCAAGCGCAAUUUCUUGGUGACUCGAGACCUUCAGGUCGGUUUACCACCGGUCCAGUCUUUCAGUCACUUGGCUCGGCGUCUUCUGGAUCAAGAAAGAUUAUUGAAGCUCGCCCUGAUGUCACGCUAACCCGCACUGUCACCUUAGACAGGUUUGUUACCACAACAGAUGUUGCAUUCGUGGAGCAGCCCCGCACUGCCACCAUCUUCAGCUUCCUCACGCAUACGGCUGUGACCACUGUGGUUCUUCCCACCCCCGUGGAUCGUAACGUAGUAGUCAGCACGGCGGUGGUUACACGCGCUCCGCUUACUGUCACCGUGACGGACGUCAGAUCUGAAUUCCAGUACGUCACUCGCACGGAGCUACGAUACGUCACCCUGACGCAUACAUCCUACAGUUUCACCCAGGACACCCUUCUCACUACAGUCACUAGAGUGCAAACCAUCUCUACAACGGUGACCCGAACUGAUAUCAACACAGUCACCACAACGUUUACGGAGAAUCGCACCGUCAUUUCCACGGUCUUCCCGUCCUAUUACUAAAUCCCUUUUGUAUUGAUGUGAAAUAUAUAACUACUGUUUUC